GCUCAUCCUGAAUCUUUAAUCCACCUGUGUAUAAGCCCAUCAAUCUGACAACAUGAGCUGUAUGUUCAAGUCAGCAUUCCAGUCAAGCUUCCAGACCAUCUCCAGCUUUAGCGUGCCUUAUGUGAGUCAUAUCUCUGGAGGACUAAAAGCUGGGAAAGCUAUCUUCAUUCAGGGAGCUGUACCCUCUGGAUGCGAGAGCUUUUUGGUGAAUCUGCAGUGUGGGGAUUCUGAAGAAGAUGACAUUGCCUUUCAAAUCAAGCCCCAGUUCAGCAGCAACUGCAUAGUCCUAAACAGCUGCCAAAAUGGGUCAUGGGGAAAAGAGGAGAAAGUGGAAUUGACUUUAAAACAGGGAAGCGGCUUUGAUCUGAUCAUUGCCAUAAAUUCUGAAAAUUAUCAGGUGUAUUUAAAUGGAUGUGAAGUUGGACAAUUUCAGCAUCGUAUACCUCUGGAUCGUGUUAUUGCUCUAAGCAUUGGAGGAGAAGUUUCAUUGAUCAAUGUGGCAUUCACCGAGAGUUGGGCUGGGUCUUCUGUCUUUGGGCAGAGUGCAAGUAUGAUCCACUCGCAGAAUGGCACUAUGACUUUUGGAGAACAUUCAUCUGUACUGGAUGGAAGCUGGUCAAUGAUUAGCUUUGAACAUAAUUUGUCUGAUAUCCAUCCACACACAGGACUUUCAAUCAGCAACCCAGUUCAAAAUACUAAUCUUCCUUAUGUGGGUGAAAUUUCUGGAGGACUGAGAGAAGGCAUGGCCUUGUACUUACAGGGAGUUAUUCCUACUAAUGCUGACCGGUUUGAAGUAAAUUUCAAGACUGGGCAGUCCAGCAAUGACGACAUUGCUUUCCACUUCAACCCUCGAAUGGACCAGAAGGUGGUCAUGAAAAGCUUCAGGAACGGAGGAUGGGAGGCAGAAGAAAGUGUCUCUGACAACCCCUUUAAAAAAGGAGAAGCUUUUGAGAUGUUCACUCUCAUCAGAUCUGAAGGAUAUCAGGUUUAUGUGAAUGGUAAAGAGCUGGAAACAUUCAAGCACCGUAUACCACUGGAAAAAGUGUCAACGUUAAAUAUCAGUGGAGAUGUUGCUGUGAACCUUUCUGGCUUCAUACAAAACUGGAGUGCAUCUUUACUUCCUACAAAAGUUACAACAAAAAUCACCAGUCUGGGCAGCUCGUAUGGGGAACUUUCCACCUUAAAAUCAGAGAUCUCGCAGCCAGUCCAAAACCCUAAUCUUCCUUAUGUGGGCGAAAUUUCUGGAGGACUGAGAGAAGGCAUGGCCUUGUACUUACAGGGAGUUAUUCCUACUAAUGCUGACCGGUUUGAAGUAAAUUUCAAGACUGGGCAGUCCAGCAAUGACGACAUUGCUUUCCACUUCAACCCUCGAAUGGACCAGAAGGUGGUCAUGAAAAGCUUCAGGAACGGAGGAUGGGAGGCAGAGGAAAGUGUCUCUGACAACCCCUUUAAAAAAGGAGAAGCUUUUGAGAUGUUCACUCUCAUCAGAUCUGAAGGAUAUCAGGUUUAUGUGAAUGGUAAAGAGCUGGAAACAUUCAAGCACCGUAUACCACUGGAAAAAGUGUCAACGUUAAAUAUCAGUGGAGAUGUUGCUGUGAACCUUUCUGGCUUCAUACAAAACUGGAGUGCAUCUUUACUUCCUACAAAAGUUACAACAAAAAUCACCAGUCUGGGCAGCUCGUAUGGGGAACUUUCCACCUUAAAAUCAGAGAUCUCGCAGCCAGUCCAAAACCCUAAUCUUCCUUAUGUGGGCGAAAUUUCUGGAGGACUGAGAGAAGGCAUGGCCUUGUACUUACAGGGAGUUAUUCCUACUAAUGCUGACCGGUUUGAAGUAAAUUUCAAGACUGGGCAGUCCAGCAAUGACGACAUUGCUUUCCACUUCAACCCUCGAAUGGACCAGAAGGUGGUCAUGAAAAGCUUCAGGAACGGAGGAUGGGAGGCAGAAGAAAGUGUCUCUGACAACCCCUUUAAAAAAGGAGAAGCUUUUGAGAUGUUCACUCUCAUCAGAUCUGAAGGAUAUCAGGUUUAUGUGAAUGGUAAAGAGCUGGAAACAUUCAAGCACCGUAUACCACUGGAAAAAGUGUCAACGUUAAAUAUCAGUGGAGAUGUUGCUGUGAACCUUUCUGGCUUCAUACAAAACUGGAGUGCAUCUUUAUUUCCUACAAAAGUUACAACAAAAAUCACCAGUCUGGGCAGCUCGUAUGGGGAACUUUCCACCUUAAAAUCAGAGAUCUCGCAGCCAGUCCAAAACCCUAAUCUUCCUUAUGUGGGCGAAAUUUCUGGAGGACUGAGAGAAGGCAUGGCCUUGUACUUACAGGGAGUUAUUCCUACUAAUGCUGACCGGUUUGAAGUAAAUUUCAAGACUGGGCAGUCCAGCAAUGACGACAUUGCUUUCCACUUCAACCCUCGAAUGGACCAGAAGGUGGUCAUGAAAAGCUUCAGGAACGGAGGAUGGGAGGCAGAAGAAAGUGUCUCUGACAACCCCUUUAAAAAAGGAGAAGCUUUUGAGAUGUUCACUCUCAUCAGAUCUGAAGGAUAUCAGGUUUAUGUGAAUGGUAAAGAGCUGGAAACAUUCAAGCACCGUAUACCACUGGAAAAAGUGUCAACGUUAAAUAUCAGUGGAGAUGUUGCUGUGAACCUUUCUGGCUUCAUACAAAACUGGAGUGCAUCUUUAUUUCCUACAAAAGUUACAACAAAAAUCACCAGUCUGGGCAGCUCGUAUGGGGAACUUUCCACCGUAAAAUCAGAGAUCUCGCAGCCAGUCCAAAACCCUAAUCUUCCUUAUGUGGGCGAAAUUUCUGGAGGACUGAGAGAAGGCAUGGCCUUGUACUUACAGGGAGUUAUUCCUACUAAUGCUGACCGGUUUGAAGUAAAUUUCAAGACUGGGCAGUCCAGCAAUGACGACAUUGCUUUCCACUUCAACCCUCGAAUGGACCAGAAGGUGGUCAUGAAAAGCUUCAGGAACGGAGGAUGGGAGGCAGAAGAAAGUGUCUCUGACAACCCCUUUAAAAAAGGAGAAGCUUUUGAGAUGUUCACUCUCAUCAGAUCUGAAGGAUAUCAGGUUUAUGUGAAUGGUAAAGAGCUGGAAACAUUCAAGCACCGUAUACCACUGGAAAAAGUGUCAACGUUAAAUAUCAGUGGAGAUGUUGCUGUGAACCUUUCUGGCUUCAUACAAAACUGGAGUGCAUCUUUACUUCCUACAAAAGUUACAACAAAAAUCACCAGUCUGGGCAGCUCGUAUGGGGAACUUUCCACCUUAAAAUCAGAGAUCUCGCAGCCAGUCCAAAACCCUAAUCUUCCUUAUGUGGGCGAAAUUUCUGGAGGACUGAGAGAAGGCAUGGCUUUGUACUUACAGGGAGUUAUUCCUACUAAUGCUGACCGGUUUGAAGUAAAUUUCAAGACUGGGCAGUCCAGCAAUGAUGACAUUGCUUUCCACUUCAACCCUCGAAUGGACCAGAAGGUGGUCAUGAAAAGCUUCAGGAACGGAGGAUGGGAGGCAGAGGAAAGUGUCUCUGACAACCCCUUUAAAAAAGGAGAAGCUUUUGAGAUGUUUACUGUCAUCAGAUCUGAAGGAUAUCAGGUUUAUGUGAAUGGUAAAGAGCUGGAAACAUUCAAGCACCGUAUACCACUUGAUAAAGUGUCAACGUUCAAUAUCAGUGGAAAUGUUGCUGUGAACCUUUCUGGUUUCAUACAAAACUGGAACAAAUCAUCAUUUGUUACUAAAGUCAAGUCAAGAACUGCACAUCUGGGCAGCUCACGCUGGGACCUUUCCACCAUACAGUCAGAAGUCUCACAGCCAGUCCAAAAUCCUGUUAUUCCUUAUGUGGGCCCAAUUUCAGGAGGACUAAAAGAAGGCAUGGCUUUGUACUUGCAUGGAGUUGUUCCUACUAAUCCUAACCAGUUUAGCAUAAAUUUCAAGACUGGGCCAAUUGACAAGGAUGACAUUGCUUUCCACUUCAAACCCCAAAUGGGCUCAAAGGUGGUCAUGACCAGCUUCAGGUCUGGAAAAUGGGAAACUGAGGAAAGUUUCUCAGACAACCCCUUUAAAAAGGGAAAAGAUUUUGAGAUGUUCUUUGUAAUCAAAUCUGAAGGAUAUCAGGUAUAUGUGAAUGGUGAGGAGCAGUACACAUUCAAGCACCGUAUACCGCUGGAAAAAGUAACUACGUUAAAUAUCAUUGGAGAUGUUGCCAUGAACCUUUUUGGCUUCAUACAAAACUGGAGCAAAUCCUCAUUUGUUACUGCAGUUAAGUCAAAAACUAUACAUCUGGGCAGCCCAAGUGGGCAACUUUCCACCAUGAAGGCAGAACUCUUACAGCCCAUUGAAAAUCCUGCUCUUCCUCAUGUGGCCCCAAUUCCAGAAGGUCUGAAAGAAGGCAUGGCCUUGUACAUGAAAGGAGCUGUUCCUACUAAUGCUGAACAGUUUAGCAUAAAUUUCAAGACUGGGCCAAUUGACAAGGAUGACAUUGCUUUCCACUUCAAACCCCAACUGGGCUCAAAGGUGGUCAUGAACAGCUUCAGGUCUGGAAAAUGGGGAACUGAGGAAAGUUUCGCAGACAACCCCUUUAAAAAGGGAAAAGAUUUUGAGAUGUUCUUUGUAAUCAAAUCUGAAGGAUAUCAGGUAUAUGUGAAUGGUGAGGAGCAGUACACAUUCAAGCACCGUAUUCCGUUGAAAAAAGUAACUACGUUAAAUAUCAUUGGAAAUGUUGCCAUGAACCUUUUUGGCUUCAUACAAAACUGGAGCAAAUCCUCAUUUGUUACUGCAGUUAAGUCAAAAACUAUACAUCUGGGCAGCCCAAGUGGGCAACUUUCCACCAUGAAGGCAGAACUCUUACAGCCCAUUGAAAAUCCUGCUCUUCCUCAUGUGGCCCCAAUUCCAGAAGGUCUGAAAGAAGGCAUGGCCUUGUACAUGAAAGGAGUUGUUCCUACUAAUGCUGAACAGUUUAGCAUAAAUUUCAAGACUGGGCCAAUUGACAAGGAUGACAUUGCUUUCUACUUCAAACCCCAAAUGGGCUCAAAGGUGGUCAUGAACAGCUUCAGGUCUGGAAAAUGGGAAACUGAGGAAAGUUUCUCAGACAACCCCUUUAAAAAGGGAAAAGAUUUUGAGAUGUUCUUUGUAAUCAAAUCUGAAGGAUAUCAGGUAUAUGUGAAUGGUGAGGAGCAGUACACAUUCAAGCACCGUAUUCCGUUGAAAAAAGUAACUACGUUAAAUAUCAUUGGAAAUGUUGCCAUGAACCUUUUUGGCUUCAUACAAAACUGGAGCAAAUCCUCAUUUGUUACUGCAGUUAAGUCAAAAACUAUACAUCUGGGCAGCCCAAGUGGGCAACUUUCCACCAUGAAGGCAGAACUCUUACAGCCCAUUGAAAAUCCUGCUCUUCCUCAUGUGGCCCCAAUUCCAGAAGGUCUGAAAGAAGGCAUGGCCUUGUACAUGAAAGGAGUUGUUCCUACUAAUGCUGAACAGUUUAGCAUAAAUUUCAAGACUGGGCCAAUUGACAAGGAUGACAUUGCUUUCUACUUCAAACCCCAAAUGGGCUCAAAGGUGGUCAUGAACAGCUUCAGGUCUGGAAAAUGGGAAACUGAGGAAAGUUUCUCAGACAACCCCUUUAAAAAGGGAAAAGAUUUUGAGAUGUUCUUUGUAAUCAAAUCUGAAGGAUAUCAGGUAUAUGUGAAUGGUGAGGAGCAGUACACAUUCAAGCACCGUAUACCGUUGAAAAAAGUAACUACGUUAAAUAUCAUUGGAAAUGUUGCCAUGAACCUUUUUGGCUUCAUACAAAACUGGAGCAAAUCCUCAUUUGUUACGGCAGUCAAGUCAAAAACUGCACAUCUGGGCAGCCCACAUAGGGAAUUUUCCACCAUAAAGUCAGAGGUCCUACAGCCCAUUGAAAAUCCUAGUCUUCCUUAUGUGGCCCCAGUUCCAGAAGGACUGAGAGAAGGCAUGGCCUUGUAUGUGCAGGGAGUCGUUCCUACUAAGGCUGAUCGGUUUUCCAUAAAUUUUACGACUGGGCCAACUGACAAGCAUGACAUUGCUUUCCACUUUAACCCCCGAAUGGGCUCUAAGGUGGUCAUGAACAGCUUGAAGAAUGGAAAAUGGGGAGCUGAGGAAAAUGUCUCUGACAACCCCUUUAAAAAGGGAAACCCUUUUGAGGUGUUCUUUAUCAUCAAAUCUGAAGGAUAUCAGGUACGUAUAAAAGGCCAACAGUACAGCCUGUUCAAGCACCGCAUUCCUUUGGAAAAAGUAACUACUAUCAGCAUUAACGGAAAUGUCUCCAUCAGUUUCCUUGGUUUUGUCAUGGGAAUGUGAAUAGAAGCAUUUCUAUAACUUCCACGCUAAAGCACUCUUAGAGAAUAAUGUGAAAGUCAUGGAUGUCCUCAUUCUGGUAUGCACACAUCCAAGUAUAUAAUUGCUUUAAAUCUAACCUUUACCAUGAAUCAAGGUUACUGCUUUUAUGGCAAUGAAAGCAAAUAAAACCAGCUGUCUUAAACCAUACUGCUCUAUGUUGCAAGUUCUGGGUAACAAUAUAAACACAUUUUAAAAAGGCUCUGUCACCAUAUUGAUAGAUGUGUAAUGCAUUAUAUUCAUAACAGGAUUUUUCAUUGAAACAUAAGCAAUCUGAAGUCUAAUAGCAAUGUGAUGUGAUUUUUAGAGAAGCUAAAUGAUUGUGUAACUCUUUUUGGCAAACCAUCCUCAAAAUAAACCUUGAGAUUUGCAGAGAAUACAGCAAUAAAACAUAAGUGUUUUAGUUUAUUUUUUAACAUUUCAGAAACUGAUUUCACAUAUAUUCAACAUGUCUUUAAAAAUGUUUUUACAUAAAUGGCCACAAGGUGGAACUAUUUCUACAGUUUUACAGCCAGUGAACUGUACUCCCUUGUCAUCAGUAGGCUUUUGUCUGAAAGCAAUAAUGAACUGAGUACAAUAUGCUUAUUGUUAUUAUUACCCACUGUCAUUACCAAGUUACAAAACAGCUUGAUUCAUGAUUGUCUUAGAAAUAUGUCACUAUAUCAGUGUAGAAUUGUGUGCAAAUAAAUAUUACUAAAUUGA